AUAAUCGAUUUGAUGCGGAAGCUUCCUCCCGUACCUAUAGCAGAAGACACCAACGAAUUCGAACUUAGCACUCGUUACGUUGACCAUUUGUUUACUGGUUUAUUUGACGAUCCGGACGAGGACAUAUUACCAAAAACGUCCCGAUAUGUGUACAAGUCGUUUACAUGGGAUGACCUCCACAUGGCGUCGAAUCAUGGCUAUGGGGAAGCUAAGUCGGCUGCUCAAGAUGGUAACAAUCAUUCGAUUUGUCGGGAUCUAUUCUGCAAGAAUGCUCUCGAUGCACAAAACAUGAAAGGUGUAUUGGGUCUGCAGAUUUUGGGAAGAAUGGUUACGUUUCAUGUCUUGAUUCUGCCAUCAACAGGACUUUAUGUCAUGUGCAAGCUGGUAAAAAUGAAGAUAUCUAGCUGCUUGGAUGAUUUAAACUUAUUGUGGAUAUGCCUCACGUUUCCGGCAAAGCCUACCUUUCCGUAG